CCUCAGAGUGCUUUCCAAAAACCACGGUCACCAUGCCUAGGAAACUACGCGCAGCCGCACAGCAGGCGGCACAAACAAUGAAAAACGUGCCUCCUCCGCUCGGGGACGCCUCUGAUGAAGAAAUGGCCGAAGCACCGCCGUCCAACGAGCCUUCCUCGCCUGUAGAGGAAACUGGCGAUGCGUCCGACAAACCCGACGCCGACGCCGACGCCGAGACCAAGCCCGAACCGCAACCCGCCCCCGUCCCGGAAGAAGAGCCGGCAGCAACACCUGCGCAAGCAACUCACACACCCUCGCUAGGAGAGACGCCCUCCUACACUGGGGGUCGCCAGUCCGCCAUCCCGCGAAAGCGGCGCAUCGGGCGUCCGCCGAAGAACCCCCCGCCAGACUAUGACCUGCCAGAUGAUGGCACGCCGCAUACGCCGAUCCACGUGAGCACGCCGGUGAAGAGGAGGCGCGGCCGGCCGGCGGCAAGCGGUGGACGGUGGGCGCGAAAUCGGGGCCCGUCGCACGUUACGCAGGUGCCCAUUGACAAGGAGGGUAACAUGAUGGACGUGGUCAAUGACGAGGUGCAAGUGCCCGAAGACCCGGUUGGCGAGACCAAGGUCGACAAGAAUGGCGUCUUGCAGGGCGGUCGAGAGUACAGGGUCCGCACAUUCACCAUCCUCAACCGCAGUGAUCGGUUGUACAUGUUGUCCACCGAGCCGGCGCGGUGCAUUGGGUUCAGGGACUCGUAUCUUUUCUUCCAGAAGCACAAAUUCCUCUACAAGAUCAUUAUUGACGACGAGGCGAAACGCGACCUCAUCGAAAGGGACGUUCUUCCUCACUCCUACAAAGGUCGCGCCAUCGGCGUGGUCACGGCUCGUUCCGUGUUUCGAGAAUUCGGCGCCAAGAUCGUCGUCGGUGGUCGCAAAGUUAUCGACGAUUACAACGAAAAGGCAGCACUCGAACGGGGCGACGUCGAGGGCGAGCUGGCUGUCCCGGAGGAUAAACUCCCACCACCCGGUGAGGAGUACAAUCGGAACCAGUUCGUAGCCUGGCACGGAGCCAGCGCUGUCUAUCACACGGCGACGCCGGCUCAACCUCUGCCGGUAGGCAAAGCCGUCGAUUCCAAGAAGCGGAAGGUGACCGUGACGGGUGACAAUUGGAUGCUUGAGCACGCGCGGGAGGCCAGCAACUUUAACACGCUUAUCUCAAACACGCGCCGCCAAAAUCUAGCAGGAACGUACGACAUCCACACGAACUCCAUGCAAUAUCCCAAGAUCAUGCAGGCAUCGCACGCCCGCUGGGAGCGUCUUCCCCCACCCGACCCGCGUCUAUCAACCAAGUUGAUGCACGACCUGUCGACCCUAAGCCUCACCAACGGGGCGGGCCUGACUCCCAAAGAAACAAGCCCAUCUCACCAGCCGGACCCGGAACAACAGGAACCGGAGCAGCAAGAACAACAACAAGAAGAAGAAUUCAAACCCACAGAGCCCAAGGACCCAUCCCAACCAACCGACCAACCCACCCCAGCCCCCGCCACCAACCCCGAAGACCAAACCGAGCCCGAGCCCGAGUCCGAGCCCAAAAAAACCCUCUUCCCCCCCAUCCCAGCGCCCUUCUCUCACCGCUUCGCCAUCCACGACGUGUACUACGAAUCGCCACCCUACUCCAACAUGGGCCUCCCCGGCCCCGACGGCGACGUGCACGACCUCGGCACAAAUGGCGUGAUCAGCGUCGCGCACCCAACGAACCCAGAGUUCGUCGGACCGGAGAUCCUCGAGGAGCUGCCAGCCGAUUGCAAGGAGGCGCUUGUCGAGGCGGCCGCGCGCGAGUGGGAGUGGAAGUCGAGGUGGCGCAGCGAGGCGUCUGAUGGGACGCGCACAACGCCGCUGAAGAGUUAUGCUUGGUUUCCUUAAUAUAUACUCUUUUCCCCCCUUCUCUUUCUUUUUCUUUUUUUUCUAUUGGUAUGUAACAGUACCUAGUCAUGUCCUCACGCACCGAUUAAUCCAUCCGUUAAUCCAUUACCCGUUAAUUCACCAAUUCACGAAUCAAUCUGGCAAUAACCUGCAAAUUUUCUACUUCUUUUGCUUCUUCUUUUUCUUAUUAUUACUACUAUUCCAUGACCAAUGUUCUACGUUCAAUGCUAAAUGAUGGGAGUGGGGAGGUUUAUAGCCUGGCCUGACAAACAAACAGGAGAGUUUCUUCAAAAGGGGGAGUUUCGGCUGUAUGUGUGCGUUGAUUUACUUUUACUACCUAUUUACUUUAGUUUACUACUAUAUCAU